AUGCAUAAGCUCUUCAAGUCAAAAGAUCUUUGGGAACUCAUCGAGAAUGGCUAUGAAGAGUCCGACAAGGAGAACUGCAAAAAAAGAUUCAAAGCCAUUAUUCUUCAUCCAGCAACGCUUCGACAUGACUUUGAGACUACUCAAAUUAAGAACAAUGAAUCUGUUCAAAAUUUCAUCAUCAAUGUGGUUGGAGUGAUAAACCAAAUGGAGAUAUUUGGUGAACCUAUCACUAACCAAGUGGUGGUGGCAAAGGUGCUUCAAAGCUUGAUCUCAUUGUUUGACUACAUAGUAGUCACUAUUGAAGAAUCUAAAGACUUAAGCAAGCUUACUGUCGAAGAGCUUAGUGGGUCAUUACAAGCCCACGAAGCUUAUCUAAAUAGGUCUAGUGAGGAGAUGGAGGAGAAGGCGCUUCAUGUGAAGAGUGAAGGAGCUAGUACAAGGGAGUUUGAUAAAUAA